GUGACCACAAAUAUUCUAAUGCAUUGAAACAUUGAAUUUAGCACCCUAUUGAGUAGUACUAGGAACCCCAUGGAGCAGAAUCUCGAAAUUCGUGACUCCGGAAAAUGUCAUUCCGAUUUGGCCAUCCCAAAAAGGAAUUAUCUUCCCACCCUCUACCACACACCAUGGGUCGACGAAAAACGGCCUCUGAACGCUUCCGCACGUCCAAUGGGACCUUUGCGUCAACCAGGACACUCGAAAACGACCACGAAGGCUCCUCAGAUCGCGCAGAGAGUGAUGUCGAUGCGACUGACAUAGAGAUGGCAGAUAAUGACACCGACUCCAAUUGGACGGAACAGAGCGACGAGAGUGGGUCAGACGAGUCGGAAUCAGAGGAUGAGACGAUCCGAAUUGUUUUGCCCAGCUCCUGGGGGGAGGCUGCAGCUCCACAGACUGUGUUUGUGUCGUCAAUGUCCGGGGCAGAGCGUGCGUGGGAUGGACCGGGAGAUCGAGACACAAAGGCAGGGAAGAAGAGGGGACCUUAUGGAAUCGGCGGAGACUCGGAUCGUGAAGUGAGACGGAAGCGGCAGAAGGUCAUGAGCGAAUUUAGGAGAGGCUCGAUAUCAGCGGCGGCGAGAGACAUCCAAUUGGCUGGGAUCGAACGGAAUGCAGCCCAGAAGCCUCGAGCGGAUGCAAAACUCACCUCAUUCUUCACCCGAGCACCCAUCGCAUCCGCCUCCCGCUGCUCCCCAUCUCCCACUGUGCACGAGGAACCAGACAACGACGACAUCACCUAUCUCGGCGUGCGCACAAUCCCUGUGCAUGAAGAUCUGCCCAUUCUGUGCACCAUGAGCGAGACCCCGGAGCGCAGAAGUCAAUCCACUGCACCUCCCAUUGCACCACCUGGUGCUGAGGCACCGUCUUCCUCACCCGAGCCACCGCUUUCCGAGGCAGAUCAAGAAGAGGAUCCUUCCGUGCUCGCGGAGCUCAAAACGGCGGAUGAUGUGGCGGACUGGGUCGAGGGAGUCAUCGGAGAGGAAAUGCCAAAGAGUGACACUGAGCUCUGUCUCAUGGCAAAUGAAGGAGUGAGAUUAGCUCGCAAGAUGAAGGACUAUCGAUCGGAGGUGCUCUGGGCCUCACUUGUCAAAUUCUACACAUGGAAACCCCGACACGGCCGUGGUGGGGCCGCUUUGCGAUGUGCAAGAGCCUUGUUGCGUGGUCCAGCAUUUGCUCGUGUCCUGUGCCAGCAAGCACGACAUGUUGAGUCCUUCGGCGCUCUCAAAGCCUCCAGACAAGGACAGCGAAGUCAAGGCAUGUCUCUGCUUGAUAACGAGGCCUUUUUGUUGGGUCUGCAGCGCUGGCUGCGAACGUUGGAAGCAGGAAAGGUCAACCCGAAGCUCCUUCAGCAAUAUGUCAAUGAGACUCUGCUGCCAUCGCACAAUCUUCGAAAGAAGUCAAUCUCCCGACGGCAGUCACGCCGAUGGUUAUAUCGGCUUGGAUAUCGUCGAAAGCAACAUUCGAAGGGCGUUUAUUGGGAUGGGCACGAGAGAAAGGACGUCAAGAAACAUCGGGCAGAAUUCAUUGCGCAAAUGUCCGACCUUGAAAACUUUCGUCCGAUUUAUGACGGCAAUGAGAUGUCAGAGCUGGCACCACCCAUGAAGGAUGCACAGGGAUGGGAGCACAUUCUCAUCUAUCAAGACGAGUCUAGUUUCCACGACAAUGACUAUCAGAAUGUCUCCUAUUAUCUUCGUCCCGGGGAACAGGUUCUGAAGAAGAAAGGCCGUGGUCGUCUCAUUAUGGUCUCUGGAUACAUCUGCGAACGCUUUGGGAAUCUUGCGCUCACUGAUGACUUGAUCGAGGCUAACAAUAAGCUACCCACAGCAGAACAACUUGACAUUGUUGAUUCUCGUGUGGUCAUCUAUCCCAAUGGAAAGGAGACAGGCGACAACUAUUGGAACAUGGAUCAGAUGAUUGAGCAGCUUCGGAAUGCAAUCAAGAUUGCCAAACGACUCUUUCCCAAAGCAGUGAUUCAUUGGGUGUUUGACAACUCAUCAUGUCACGGCAGCUUACCCCAUGAUGCCAUUUCUGUCAGCAAGAUGAAUUUGAAGCCAGGAGGGAAGAAUCUGCUGUUGUUCAAGGACACCAUCAUCCCAAUGAGCAAUCCAUUUGGCAAAGGUGGUCAAACUCAAUCAUUCCAGUUCCCGGCCCAUCUUUCUGAUGAUGAUCCUUACAAGAAGUUUGAGGGGCAGAACAAAGGCAUGCAGCUUGUGCUUGAAGAGCGAGGAUACGAUGUUCGAGGUCUCAAGAAGCAACGCAAAGUUUGCGAGCAGGAACGCACUCGCAAACCUCACCUUUCUGACCUAACCCCUGCAGAAGAAGCAUUGGCAGAUGCAGGAGCAAAUGACACGGAUGAUGAAGAUGACCGACCUGUUAACUGCUGCCUUCGGCGUCUUCUAGAGAACGAAGAAGACAUCAAGAAUCAAUGUUCUCUCCUCCAGGAGGUGAGUGCUAAUCAGUCAUUUUCCAAUUGUACUUUUCAAUGUUAUCAGAUUGUUGAAGAAGCAGGCGGGGUCUGUCACUUUCUUCCCAAGUUCCAUCCAGAACUCAAUCCCAUUGAGUAUUUCUGGGGAUGGGUAAAGAAUUAUUUCCGCCAACGAUCUCAAGGCAAUUUUGCACAUGCACAAAAGUUGAUCAAGGAGUCGUUGGAAUCCUGUCCCGUAGCAACAAUCCGUUGCUUUUUCCGACGUGCGUUCCGGUAUCUCAGUGUUUACAAGGCAGGGAAGACUGGUUAUUUGGCUGAGUUUGCUGUCAAAAAAUAUGCUUCACAUCGGUCUGUCCCCGCAAAAGAGCUUGAAGAGAUGCAGAAAGAGUGGGAGGUGAAGCAGGAGAAGGCUAGAAUACUCGCAGCGUCCAAAUAGAUUCAUUUCCGUGUCUGUCUACCAAUAUUUUACCCUGUCGAAAGUUCGAUCCUUGCUCAGGAAUUUGGCCAUCAGCCAUCAAAAAGUUCCCACGGUCCCUCCUUCUGGAUUUC